GGCAGCGGCGGCGGCGGUGGCGGUCGCGGCGUCCCCGCCGCCAUCACCAGGCACCAGGGCAGCCCGUUCAAGGCACAGGUUAGGAUGGCCGAGGACACCCUCGUCGGGCCCUGCGGCAAGAAGCGGUGCGCCGAUCGAUACGACAGCUCCGAGAGCUCUGACAGUGGCGUCGCAGCCUCAUGCGAAUGCAGCAGCAGCGGCACAAGCGACAUCACGGAACCGGGUUCUCCGUGCAGCACCAGCAGCGACGAAGGGGUAGCGAUACGCGGCACAUCCGCCAGUCCACUGCCGUCCCUGCCCAAGCUGGCGGCGUCGUCGCAGGUUGGUACCAGGCCCCAGUGGCCCUGGACCCCACCGUUGGCGGCGACCGCCUGUUCUACGUACAAGAGGCUGAGGGGCGAGCCAGAGGCUGGCGCCCUCGCCCGUUCCGGAGUCGCCGCCGACCCCACGUCCAGAGGGGCCGCCAAGGGGAACGGGAAGAACACCGGUGGUCAGCAUCAUCACGAGUCGCAGGGAAAGAUUACGGAGUACUUUAAGACCCAGAUCAAGCCGCAGCAGCAGCCGAAGAUCAAGAAAACAAGCGAGACGAUGUCGGUGCUGGUAGCCAAGAGCUCCUCGGAAUUCCGAAGACCGCCUGUAGUGCAGAGGAACAAAGGCGGUCUCGCGAAAUACUUGGGUACCGUGUCGGCCAAUAGUCGCGGGACCCCGACCAACGAUUGGGAAGCUCGAACGCUAACGACGACGCCGCCGACCACGAAGAAGCCGCCGUUGGUCGUCGUGCCAAGGAUCAACGGCAAGUUGGACAAGAAGCUGCCGAAACCGCUGCCAAGUCUGCCAAUCUCGAACGACGUACUGAAAAAUCUGCCGAGCUGCAAGAUCUCAUCACUCAGGUUACCUUCAGAUGCAAGUCUUAGCACAGCUAAAUGCAGCUCUCCGUCUUCUACCGCCGCACCGUCGCUGCUAGGAGAAGCAGUACCGUUGGACUUCAAAGGUUGCAUCCUGUCGAAGCCGCACGUGAACGAGAACAACAAUUUGACGAAUGCCUGCGGAAGUAUCUUAGGUGCGCUGAGGUCUCAGAACGGCCACGAUCCCAUCUCGAGGCUCUCGUCGUCAGAAAACAGCAAAAGCGAGAAAACCCAGAUCGAUGAGGCGCCGGUCGACGAGGACGAUGUGGAUGAGGAAGAGGAGGACUCGAGGGGCAGCGCGUCGAAGCCGUUGUUGUCGCCUAUUCUCUCGGCACCUACCACCAUCCGGUUUCCAGCGCGGGCACCCGAAAAAGACAGAUCUGCGGAUAGUGGAAACUGCCGCUGGGACAAGUGCGAAGUCAGCUUCGAAUCUGUUAGCGGUCUUCUGGAACAUUUACAGUCCGCGCACAUCAACACGCAAACCGGCGUCGAUAACUUCGUCUGUCAGUGGCAAGGGUGCAAAGUACAAGGAAGGACUUCGUGUUCCCGACGAUGGUUGGAAAGACACGUUCUGUCUCACGGUGGCAAUAAACCUUUUCGAUGUAUCGUCGACGGCUGCGGCUGCAGAUUCAGCUCGCAGACUGCCCUGGAGAGGCAUGUAAACGGCCACUUUAAUCAGCCGGAAACGAACAGCAACAACGGAAGGCGUAGCUGCGAAAACGGCGGCAAGCUUGUUAGGAGAAACGGCAAAAAGCUCAGAUAUAGGCGACAACCUUGGUCUGCGAGGGUUUUCGAUUAUUUUGACUCGGGAGUGAUGGAACGUCUGCAGCACAGGCUAUUGGAACUAGAGACAUCGAGAACGCAGGGACGAUUAGCUGAAACGCCAGGAAACUCGAUGGCACUGACUAGUCAAAUUUUAAUGAGGAGAGUCGAGAUGGACGGUAAGACGAAGGUACUGCUACGGUGGUAUCCCCAGAACAUAGUACCGGACGAAUGGGUACUAGAAUCCGAAGUACAAAGCAUGAAGUACGUAGAUAUUCGCAACGUGGCCGUCAGUAACCCAGAAGAGGUGAGCUUAGCGCUCUAUCCCGCGAUAAGUGGCCACGCGCCAUCGACGAUGCGAGUGAAACAGCGCAGAAAACCGGUGAAGAACUCGUGAUAAUGUCGAUCGACCGGAUCCAGGACUGACUUAACGAGCGCAUUAACACCUGAACCAGGAAAAACAAAAUACUACUGACGUGUAGUACGGUCUAUACGUUUCUUGGUCGGUGAAGACGAAGACCGCCGCAAGGUGCGAGCUGAAACCUGAAUCUAUCAAAAGAAUGAGAGAGAGAAAGAGGGAGAGAGAGAGAGAGAGAGAGAGAGAAAGAGAGAAAGGGAGAGGACGACGAAGACCUUUGUAAGAUAACUCAUCUAAUUUAGGAGGACGACCAAUUUACACGGAUCCAGAUCGUUUAGCCGGCUAAAAUAAGAAUCGCAGUUGGUCUAGAUCUCGCGAGAGAGAAAGAGAUUAUAAUUUGGAACGAGCCGGGUGACACAAUAACGAUAAGAAUAGGAAGACAUACAGCUAGGAAUAUUUCAAGGAGAAAGAGAGAGAGAGAGAGAGAGAGAGAGAGAGAGACAAAAUAAGUGAACGAGGAGGUUAGGAUCAUCCUAGUUAAAUCCGUCUCCUGUUUGGAGUCGAGCGAGAGCCAUUGCUGACCGCAACGAGGCAUUUACUCUUCAUCACUCGUCGAUGGGUAUGCACCAAUGAGUUAAUUGAAUGCGAAUCUCUAUCACAAAUAUCUCGCGCACUAUUCAAAGCUCAUCGGCCUCGGAAGCGCUAAGUCUGGGCCUCAAAAGUGCCUCACCGUGAAUACGUUUUGUACCGUCUUCCCGCCGAUCAAGAUCCAGGGAAGAGACAGCCGCGUGGUGGGAACGGUAACGAUAGUCGAGGAUUAAAAGGGCAAAAAUAUAAAAAAAGGAGACAAGGAAGGAGUACACAGUAAAAAGAAGCUUUCGCGUAUGUCAACGUUUGGUUUUUGCCAAAGGAAACCAAGGGAGUGCACAGACAAAAUGUUUAAGCGGUAGUUAACAAUUAUAAGGAGAUAAUCACUCUGGUGGCCUUAGGACUCAAUUAAUAUCUAACAUCGGCCCUUGGCACUUCCGGGGGAGCCGAUAGAAUUCUGGGGAACCCAAUCGACAGGCAAAAACGAGAUCUCCGACGAUGUUUCGAGAAAGAGGAAAGAAGGAAAAGAAGUGAAAGGGAAGGGAAAGGGGAAGAGAUGCGUCUACCUCGAUUUACACCUCGGUAGAAAUUCGCGUCGACUGUCGUACGAGAACACGAAGAGAGAGAGAGAGAGAGAGAGAGAGAGAGAGAGAGAGAGAGAGAGAGAGAAAGAGAGAGAGAGAGGAAGAUAAAAGGAAAAAGGAUCGCGUGGAUAGCGUGAAGCGAAGAAUGCAUCAACAAAUGGGAGAAAAUAUCCGGGUUGUAGGAGAAGGAGGUUGGAUAAGAAUGCGACAGUAUGAGAGAACACAGAGAGAAUGAGUAUGAGAGCGAAUGCAAGAGAUAUGUAGAGUAUAUUGCUUCAAACCCGCCGUUAUUUCCCUGAAUGGGGUUGACAGUCUCCCAGGCUGAGAGCUCGGCAUGAAGUUGAAAGAUCGUGGAAUAAUCGGACGACACGUAACGUCACCGAGAUUUCUAUCGAGAAUUAUGCCGUUCUGUUUUAGGACGGAGGUCUAAUAUAUCUGUACAAAAUGAAAUUAAAGUAAAAAGAUAGUUUCUCGAGGCUCGAGGCAUGUCCGGGCGUAGAAAGAGGGAAACAUGCGUCGGGCUUGCCUCGUUCCCGCACUUGAGAGAUGUCCGAUUUCUCGUGUACUCCAUCGUCGCUUAUUUUUAUCUUUCUGCUGAGUCUCGCGCAGCGUGUUGGUGUACGCUCGUUGCCGACCUGGAAAGUCGGAUUUCACGCCAAUUUGUCAUUUUUCGUUCUCUCGCGAAUAACGAAAAAUGUAUUGAAUCGCCAAAGGAGGGAAGCCAACACGCUGCACGACUAUAAACUGACGAGCUGUUACCCUCAAUAGGGGUAAAUUACGAAGGCUGUGUUACAUUUUUUCACAGGAGUUGUUAGGGGAACACUGAGAGAAAGAGAGCGGACAAUGUUGUGCGGUGGCUUCGCUGCUUCCACGAUGCUUCACACUCGCUGGUAGUCGUAUCGCGGCUUGUAGAGAGAAAAAAAAAGGAUAACGUGUAACUUUUACGACUAUCUGCUGUGCUGCAGCGCGGAGAGCGACGCGCGCGCGCGCGUAUAUACAUAUGUAGCGGAUAAAGAUCUUUGUGUAAAUUAAGUGGAGAAGAAGGUUACGUGUGCCGUGUCGAUGUGUUGUUGCAUGUAUGUGUGUGUAUGUUGUGUUGAGUAAUCGAAGAGAGAGAGAGAGAGAGAGAGAGAGAGAGAGAGAGAUAGAGAGAGAGAGAGAGAGAGAGAGAGAGAGAGAGAGAGAGAGAGAUUAAAGUAUGAUUGAGACGAGAGAGAUCGUGCUAACGAUGGACGGAAAUGUUAUAGGACACACAGAAACGGAACGGACAGAGACGAAACGUCAUGCAUACACACCAGCUAAGAAACACUGCCAAUAUGAAUGUAAUUAAGAGCUCUGCGACAAUUAAUCGAUUAAUUAUUCUUAUUAUUAUUAUAAAGGUACGAUUAAGUGUAUAACCGAAUAGAUCUCUAGCUGACGCGAGGAUGGAUGUGUAAGGGAGCGGCUGCGCCGAGAAUGCGUCGUCGUCAUGGUCAUGGUCGUGUGAUCGUUGCCUACACUCCGCGGAAUGCGUGUUCCAACACGAUGACAAUUGUACUUUUCGAACGACCGCGCGCGCGCGCCAGAGAGAGAGAGAGAGAGAGAGAAAAGAGAGAGAGAGAGAGAGAGAAUGUCCCGCGUCCGUAUGUGGCUCUGCACGCGCGUGACGCUGCGCGUCGCGCGUGGCCGCGAGUAUAAAUGUAAAUACUUAGUUGAAAUUAUCGUAAUGAAACGGCAUAUACACACAAUACCGUACUUGCAACUGCGAGCUUGCUCUCGUCACCGCUGGGGCAAGCUUCUUGUUGCGAGUAUCCGAAAGCUAUCUAAAGAUGUAUCUCUCUGUAUCCGUUGAUUUUCCAGCACAUCGUUCCCGCGAGGAUGACAUACUACAUGUGCGCGCGCGCGCGCGUGCACCGCACGCACACACACACACACACACACACACACACACACACACAUCGCACGCUACAUAACACAAGAACACACAAGACGCGCGAGUGCGGACACACUCGUAUAUUCAGCGACAAAGGUGACGGAUCCUUGCUUCUUUACGGACGAAUCGAGACCGACGACGGAAACGCAUCACUGCCAAAAUCACGCUCUGCCAGCUCCGUCUCGUUUUAACGGCGCGCCUCUAGCGUGUAUUUGUCCCUAUUUGCACGAACGUGCGUCCACAUGUCGUGCUUCUAACGAUCUUCGUCGAUUUUCCCUUUGUUCGCAUAUACACGUACACACGCCGCACACACAUAUACACACAUGACAUGAUAUGCAUUAACACACACGAACACGGCCUAGCCGCAACCACCGUUUCGUUCUUCGAAUAUAUAUUCUCUGAGUGUAUAUCGUCGUUCUUUUAGAAAAACUGACUGAUUAACAUUCGGUAAAUAACGAAGGAAAAGCAAUUUUUAGAAAUUUAAUUAUAAACAAGUCUUUUUUGUUUUGUUUACGAACGCGUCUCAGUGAUUCGCAUCUCUCAUUAUUUAUACGAUAUUCGUUUCAUUUGUAGGCUCAAAGGGAAGAAAUUUACACGAUUCGCGUUGAUUCUCUCUAUAAGUAGAUAAUUUAUUUCUAAGAAAGUCGAUUUCGCAGAUGUAAAUGACUCCUUCCUCAAGACCGGCGAUAUCCUCUGAGCGCUCAUGUGUCGCGCACUGCCAAACUUCGUCGAGCACGCAAAAUUGAGGCACUGCCAACGAGAUGUACAGAACGGGACGAUCGUAGAAAGAUAAAGGGGGAUACGGGGACUCGUCGUUUUCUGCACUUGGACUUUUUUUUUUCUCCUCGCGCUGAGAAUUCGCUUCGUGCGCUUUAAAACGAAUGCGGGCUUUACCGAGACAUCGCCUCAGUACCAUACGAAGGCUUUCUCGUGAGAAGCUAUCGCGCGUUCCUCGUAAUCGACACGUCCCGCUUCCGAAUGGAGACACAACGAAUUGUAAAGAUGAGAUUUAGAAAACAAAGGACACGAUGGUGUUAAUUGCACACACAAUAUUACAUAAAACAUGUGUAAUUUUUUGAAAUGCAUAAGUAACACAAAAAUCCAGCAAACUUUUGUUAGUCAGAAGAAUUUUCAUACAAAAAGCGACACACACACACACACACACACACAAUUAAUAUCUCUUCUACAUUGUAUCAUUGUGUCGUUUCUCAGUUUAUUAUUUAGUUUAGAUGUAAAAAAUUAGAUUUCUGAACUAUAUAUCCUUGCUACACACAUCUCAACUUUAUAUUUCGUCGUGUCUCCACUUUUUUAUGUUCAUCGCUUAUUGUUAUUCUUCGUGGCACGAUCGUUUUCCGAUAGUUACUAUCUAUCUUUUCACCUUUUCGACUACUCACUGUGAGAUCUCUACUCGUGCGAAUAGCAUAUUAUCGCUGCUAGUCGAAAUUGCGUCAUUCAGAUAAGGGACCAAUUUUCUUACGUAAAUGAAAACAGACUCGCUCCACCCGAUUCAUCAUUCCGUGGUUGUGAGGUAGAAAUUAUUAUUCCGCAAAAAAAUACGUCUAUUUUAAAUGAGCAAUUAAAUAGACUUUGCUUCAAAAUUUUUUGAUUGAUACAUAAAGAAUAUUGCGCACCGAGUGGAGAUUCUAUUAGACGUUUAAUUAUAUACUUUUGCACAUUCUUUAUUAUUAUUAUUAUUAUUGUUAUUAUUAUCGUAACAUUUCUCACACGCGUAAAGGUGGAACGAUAGAAAAAGAGCCUUCGGCCGCUCGAUCGCGCUUGAUCUCGUGGAAUGGAAGAACCGCAAUAAAUAAUAGAGGGAGAGAGAUCAAAAGUACUUGGAAGGUCCUUCCAAUUAAUUAUACAAACUAUUUCUCACGACGUAAAGUAAAACUUGAGCGCAUCAGCAAUACGAAAAUCACGUGAAAAUAAAAAGGUACAAAAUAUAAUUUAAUUAAGUUUCGUGAGCUUUCGUGAUUCUCGAACGAACGCGGUAGCACAAUCGGCAUUUUAGUAAAACCCGUGCGAUAAAUUAAUUCGAGUUUAUGCGAAAUUUACGCGUACAUGCGCUUAGAUCGCUCGCUCACUGCAAUUGCACGCGGCGAGUUUAAUUCCGAUAUAAAGUAUUCUCUAUGCUAACGUAUUCUCUUUGUGUUGUAAUUAGUUGUGAUUGAGAUUUUAUACUUUGCUCGCCAGUUGAAAUCGGACGAACCGCAUUUAGUUACAAGGUACAUUUUUCUCCUUUCUUUUCUUUUUAUUCCUCAGCACUCGAUCGUCGGUCGGUUUUUUUUUUCCAUUUCUUUUGCGUUUUACGCGUUCACAUUCUCCAAAUCGGCAGCGAUGAGUAAUCUUUCCUCU